AAGGUCCGUGCAUCCAAAGCGUAAAACCCAUCGUAUAGGCGUUUUGACGGACACCAGUCCAUCCCGUCCCGCUUCGCAGUCCCAUCGGUAUCAGAAGUUCCCGCCGUUUCUAUUAUCCGCAACUGCUACUUGCUCUCUUAAUAUACCUCUUUAAAACCCUCCCGCUGCUGUCUAUCAUUCUCCAAUGGCGCGCCGACGAGGACGAAACCCUAAAAGCGGCAAGGGUCGCAAGGCAAGCGAUGAAAAAAUCUCUAAUGGAUUCACUGACGAGGACUACGUUCCCUCAUCUGACUCGGAAGAUGUUUUCCUAUCAAAUGACGAAGAAGAAGGGCCGGCCUUGCUCCCCGUUCAGCCUAAUGUCCGUCUCCCUGUUAUGCCGAGAAGGGCUAGGAGAUCGCGGAGGAAGAGCCACGAUGGUACAAAACUGGAGUGGGAGAAAUGGGAAGAUGAGAAUGAGAAGUGGGUAACUGCUGUGCUGGCCAAGGAUGGCGGCGAUGACUCUGAUGACCCUCCGUUGUUUGCGGAGACAAUGGAGCCUUCGGAGGACGUUAUUCUCCCUCUCCUUCGUUUCCAGAGAGAGUGGCUUGCUUGGGCUCUAAAGCAAGAGGAAUCCGAUGUUCGAGGGGGGAUACUUGCCGACGAGAUGGGGAUGGGGAAGACCAUUCAGGCAAUAUCGCUCGUUCUGACCGCCCGGUCACGCGGCACACUACCCUGCAAUGGCUUGGCUGAGCCUCAGUUCCGAGGAUAUGAGAGGGGUCCAAUGCCAAGGGUGAAGUGCACUCUCGUGAUUUGCCCAGUUGUUGCUGUGAUUCAAUGGGUGGGCGAGAUUGACGCGCACACGGCAAAGGGGAGGGUCAGGGUUUUGGUCUUUCACGGGCCUAAGAGGUCCGCUGCUGCCUAUAAUUUUAAUGAUUAUGACUUUGUGAUUACUACUUACUCCACGAUUGAGAAUGACUAUCGGAAGCACAUGAUGCCUCCGAAGGAAAUUUGUCGUUAUUGCGGGAAAAAGUUAUAUCCGAAUAAGAUGAAGAUUCAUUUGACGUAUUUUUGCGGACCGAAUGCUCAACAGACAGCGAAGCAGGCCAAGCAAGUUAAGAAGAAGAAACUGAAAAACUUCAACUGGAAGAAGAAGAAUCUACCUUUUGAGGAAGAUAAUGAGGCUAUUGAGGAGAGGCAAAAGAAGAAACUAAGACGAAAUAAAAAGGGGGAAGAACCCAUUAACAACAUGGAAGCAAAGCUUAGUGGAGCAUCGGUUCUGCAUUCAGUCGAAUGGGAGAGGAUAAUUUUGGAUGAGGCUCAUUUCAUAAAAGAUAGAAGUUGCAACACUGCAAGGGCUGUCUUUGCAUUGCAUUCUUUGUACAAGUGGGCUUUAAGCGGCACUCCUUUGCAAAAUCGUGUUGGAGAACUAUACUCUUUGGUUCGAUUCAUCCAAAUUGAUCCAUAUUCAUUCUACCGGUGCAGAGAUUGUAAUUGUAAAAUUCUGGAUUAUGGUUCUACAAAAGACUGUCCGAAUUGUCCACAUUCUAGAGUGAGGCACUUUUGCUGGUGGAACAGAUACAUAUCAAAACCAAUUAAAGAAUUCAUGUAUGAUCGAGACAAACCCCAACGAGCAAUGAUUCUUCUGAAGAAAAAAGUAUUAAGCAGCAUAUUGCUGAGGCGUACAAAGCUGGGCAGAGCUUCUGAUCUUGCGCUUCCGCCAAGGAUAGUUACCUUAAGACGUGAUUCUCUUGACAAAAAAGAAGAGGAGUUCUAUGAAGCUUUGUACACCCAAAGCCGUCUACAAUUUGGCACAUAUGCUGAAGCUGGGACUUUGAUGAACAAUUACGCCCAUAUAUUUGAUCUAUUGACGAGACUGCGACAGGCUGUUGACCAUCCCUAUCUUGUGGUCUACUCUAGUUCCGUGGAUGCUUCUGCUGUAGGUACUGGUGAUACUAACAAAGCUUACUGUGGUAUAUGUCAUGAUCCAGCUGAGGGUCUAGUGGUUACAUCCUGCGAUCAUUCCUUUUGUAAGGGUUGUUUAAUUGAUUACUCUGCGGCUUCUGGAGAUGUGCUGUGCCCAACAUGUGCCAAACCCCUCACCGUUGAUUUGACAACAAACUGCAAUUCUGGAGGAAAUACUUCUGCAUCAUCUAUGAGGGGUUUUAAACGUUCACGAAUAUUGCAAAGAAUUGAUAAAAAAGAUUUUAAGACCAGUACCAAAAUUGAUGCAUUGAAGGAAGAAAUAAGAAAUAUGAUUGAAGGUGAUGGUUCUGCUAAAGGGAUUGUAUUCAGUCAGUUCACUUCCUUUUUGGAUUUGAUUAAUUUCUCCCUUCAGCAGUCUGGCAUAACAUGUGUUCAACUGGUUGGAAGCAUGAGUCUAUCUGAAAGAGAAAAGGCAAUAAAGACGUUCACUGACGAUGCCAGUUGCAAAAUAUUCCUUAUGAGUCUUAAGGCUGGUGGAGUGGCUCUCAAUCUUACCGUUGCAUCUAAUGUUUUCUUGAUGGACCCAUGGUGGAAUCCUGCUGUGGAGAGACAAGCUCAGGAUCGUAUCCACCGUAUUGGGCAGUUUAAACCAGUAAGGACUGUGAGAUUCAUCAUUGCAAACUCCAUAGAGGAAAGAAUACUGAGGUUGCAAGUGAAGAAGGAACUCGUGUUUGAAGGGACCGUGGGCAAUUCAGCUGAAGCCUUGUCUAAAUUAACUGAAGCGGACUUGAGGUUUCUGUUUGACUUCUAGCCAGCUCUGGUUGUAAUAUAAAGGGUGGAGUGCUAUUUUUUUCCAGUUCUACCUUAUCUGUUCUGGGAGCAAAAUGUACGAAGCAUGAUUUGGAUCUUACAUAUAAAUAAUAUUUAUAAACCCAGAUUAGACAUGCAUUGUGUUGAAUGGGUGGACAUUAUUUCGAGUGAACUUUGCCUCUUUUGUAGAGUAGUUGUUUGGCUUUUUGGCUUAGCAGGAAACUGCCUUUGAGUUAGUAUCUCAGCGUUCAGAGUGUUUUGGACACGAGGACCCCUCUGAAUUCUGCUAAUUUUUUUUGCUAGAGUAAUCUGCAAAAUUACAUGCACAUAAGCAAAACCUGUGCUAAAACUUGCUGAUCAACAAAAAAGAAAUGUUUUUUUUUUCUUGUUUGUAUUUGGGACAAAGGUUUGUUGUUGUAUUUUCGUUAAAAACUUGA